UGAAGCAGGACAGCAAAGACGCAAGAGAAAGCCACUCUCCUUCUUUCUUGCAUUUAUUGCCCUGCUGCUCAUGGUCUUUCUGGUAUCAUUGGACGCCACUACUUUGGCCGUUGCAAUUCCUGCCAUCACCAGUGAUCUCUCAGGAACCACUUUAACCGCUUUCUGGGCCAAUAUCUCUUUCACCCUAGCAGUCGUGGUGAUUCAGCCCAUCUAUACCAGCUUCUCGGACAUCAUUGGCCGCAAGAUCCCCCUUUAUGCAGCAUUUGCUCUCUUUGGUAUUGGAUCCAUUGUCUUUUCUGUCGCACGAAGUAUGGCAGUCCUGAUCCUGGGUCGUGUGCUACAAGGGCUGGGCGGAGGCGGACUGGAUGUCCUAAGUGAGGUUAUUGUCGCCGACAUCACCACACUGCAGGAGCGUGCCGUGUACAUUGGCCUUUUGUCUCUUCCAAUGGCAGCAGGAUGUAUCGCAGGGCCCAUCCUCGGUGCAGUCUUCAGCGAGUAUGUCGACUGGCGAUGGAUUGGCUGGAUCAAUCUACCUGUGAUUGGAGUUGCCCUCGUGCUGGCCAUCUUUUUCAUGCGCCUGAGGCCCAUACACCAGUCUCUCCGCGAGCAGCUCUUCCGCAUCGAUUGGCUGGGCAUGCUGAUUUUCAUGACUGGUUGUAUCCUUUUUGCCUUGCCGCUAAGUUGGGCAGGAAAUAUGUACCCAUGGGGCUCAUGGCGUACCAUCGUACCACUAGUGAUUGGCAUUCUGGUGUUAGUGGCAUUUGCCCUGUACGAGUCACGACCAACGGACCCUGUCUUUCCCUAUCGUAUCUUUCGCUCUCGGACGGCCCAGAUGACACUCCUUGGUAGCUUCAUACAUGGCAUGGUUCUCUAUACCCUGUUACAGUACCUUCCCUUGUUUUUCCAGGCUGUCUAUCUCGAGACGGCACUCAAGUCCUCCAUUUCAAUCCUACCAUUCUGCUGUGUUGUCUUUGUCUUUACGGGUAUUGCUGCCUGGGCCGUUGAUUUCUUCCGGAAAUACCGCUGGGAAAUAUGGGCAGGAUGGGUUUUUCUAGCGGUGGGUGUUGGCAUUUUCUCACUGUGGAAUCAAAGUUCCUCUCUAGCCAUGACUGCAAGCUUCCAAGUGAUAGCUGGAAUAGGAAUUGGCACGAUCUUCAGUGUUCCUCCAAUCCCGAUGCAGGCCAGCGCACCAACGGCCGAAGAUCAGGGUCUUGCGAUGGGCAUCAUGGUUGCAUUCCGGCUCUUCGGUGCUCUUAUUGGCCUUGCAAUUGGUGCUACUACAUUCAGCGGCGUUUUUGCAAGCAAGAUUAACUCGAUCCCCUCGCUGCCCGCCUCCGUGGCAUUGUUAAAAAACCCCAGCGAGGCGGUCGGUUUUAUUCCACACCUACGAACAGUUGACAUUUCCCCUGCCCUAAAGGACCUCAUCCAAGGGGCUUACAAAGAUGCUAUGCAGACAAUUUGGUAUGAAUUAGCAGCAUUUGGGGCUGUAGGAUUUCUGAGUUCAUUGUUGAUAAAAGAACUGACUAUGGAGACGGAGGAGCUCAGUCGGCAACACUUUGAGCCGGAAUCGGACUGAACGAAGUUAGAAGAUGAAUGAAGUAUUUUGUAUAAUUUAUAGAAUAUACGAAGC